AAAAGACGAGAAAAAAAAACAAAAACGGCUCCCAGUCAGGAGCCGGCUCCCGUCGUUCACUUCAAAGAGCCGGCUCUUAGAGCCGUAUCGUUCGCGACCGACACAUCACUACAGCACAGAAGCAGUACAGUCACCCGCAGUGUCUCACCCGGUCUCACCGUGUCCUGAAGUUUUAAGAGGGAGUCCUCAUUUUAGAUUUAAUGUCUUCAUCUAAACCUCAGCGAGAGGACAACAUCUCUGAUCCUCGAACACCAGGAUGUUUCCAACAAAGCUUUGCUCCCUGCUGGUGGUUUUUAUGAUAAUAAUAAUCUCCAGAGGUCAAACCCUCGCCUGUUCAGAGACAAAGUACCAGGUUGGAAAUGAUUGCUGUAGUCUUUGUGGCAAAGGAGAGCAUCUAAAGACUGAGUGUAAAGGAGACAUAGACACGUCCUGUAAGCCCUGCGCUGACGGAACCUACAUGGAUGAACUGAACAGUCUCAACAGCUGUUACCCCUGCUUUAAAUGUGAUGAAGGUUCUGGAGUGAGGACGAAUACGUCGUGCACCAGAACAUCAGACACCGUCUGUGAACCACUGGAGGGAUUUUUCUGCAAUCGGUCUACAGAGCACAGCUGUCUGACUGCACAGAGACACAGGAUCUGUAAACCAGGACAGUACAUCAGUCAGAACGGAACCUCUAUGACAGACGCUGUGUGCUCUAAUUGCACUAAUGGAACAUUUUCUGACGGGACAUUUCCAUCCUGUCGGACACACACACAAUGUGAAUCACUGAAUAAACCAGGAAAUAAAUCAGCUGAUGCUGAGUGUGGAGAACCAGGACCAGGGAAGACUGGAUGGAACGUUGUUGUCGUUGUCGUUGUCGUUGUCGUUGUCGGUGUCGUUGUCGUUGUCGUUGUCGUUGUCGUUUUGUCUGCACUUGUAGCGCUGCGUUACAGAGAGAAGAUAAAAAGAAGUCUAAACAGUGGAACCAAAGAUAAAGACGAUCGUUCUGGCCGGGAACGAGGGAGUGAAGAAGGAACAGCAUCAGGGAGAGAUGAAAAUCUCCCAGAGGAAAGAGAGAGAUUAAAUGGCAGACCACCCGGAGAGGAGAGUCAGGACAGAGCAGAGGACCAGUUGAGACAGCAGAGUGUUUCAGUUGGGAUGGAUCAGACCAGAAAAUGCAGACAGUUUCUUGGAUACCACAGAGUGUGAUCCGUUCUAACGCAGCAGGAUUCUGGUUCAUAAAGGACCUCAGUCUGAGCGCUCAGUGUUCUGCAGCUGAAUGAAUCAGGAGCCUUUCUUAUGCUGACUGAUGCUGACUGAACGUGAAGGCUUGCAGACACUGAGGUUUGAGAAUUUGAAAAACAUUUACAAUGAAAGCUGUUUGCUUUCGAAGCAUUCAGAUCAGAAUCAGAAAUACUGUAUUUAUCCCGGAGGAACAUUCAGUCAUUGGUCAGACCCCGGUCUGUAGUCCUUCAUGUCGUAAGGGCACGGUAUUUUGGGGACAGGAACAAGGCGGCACGUCUUCCACAUCACAGGAACCCUCAGACUUUGUAUUAUCAGUGAUAAUACGGGUCGUUGACAAACAUUUAUCAUCAUCAUUUUCUUUGAUGAAAUUAACACCGGUUCACAGUGAAGGAAUGAAGGAGUAAAAUACUGACAGAAUAAAUAAUAAAACAUGAGAAAUGCUGUGAUGGAAAAAAGUCUUCCACAUUCCAAAAGUUUGACUUAUUUGAAUCCUGUGUGUAAAAAGGUCAAUACAGUUUACAGUUUCUUUAAAUGUGCAUGUCUUGUUGGAGAUAUCAUUAAGAAAUGUAGUUCUUGGGGCGCCGUUGGCCGUUAUUUAAGUGCGCCCCAUGUACAGAGGCUAUCGUGGAUUCUGCCCAGGCCUUCUGAGAGUUGUUUCCGUGCUGCCACAUUUUAAAGUGUAAAUGAGAUCUGAUGACGAUUGUAUCCACUUUAUAUUAAAGUCUCAGAGAAAGCAGA